AUGGUGUAUCAAGAUCAUUUAACAAAAUUUGUUGUUUUAAAACCACUUAAAACAAAACGAGCUGAGGAAGUGGCUCACACUUUAUUGGACAUAUUUACUCUACUUGGUGCUCCUGCAAUACUUCAGUCUGAUAACGGCAGAGAAUUUUCCAACCGAAUUAUUGAGAAUUUAAAAACAUAUUGGCCUACUUUAAAAAUUAUUCAUGGUAAACCCAGGCAUUCGCAAAGUCAGGGGAGUGUGGAAAGAGCAAAUCAGGAUAUUGAAAAUAUGUUGACCACGUGGAUGCAAGACAAUAAUAAUUUACAUUGGAGUGAGGGUUUGAGACUUGUGCAACUCAUGAAAAACAGAGCUUUUCACGCUGGUAUUAAGCAAUCUCCUUAUGAGGCACUUUUUAGGUGUAAAGUAAAAGUUGGUUUACAGUUACCCAAUGUUUUCACGCAAAAUGUAGAAACUGAAGAAGAUUUGGAGAAAAUUAUACAGGACCUUACCAAAAAAGAAGAAGAUCCCGAAGUCACUGCAUGUGAAUUCUCUAAGGUGAACACGGAGGCAAGUCAAGUUUCUAACAACGAUUCAGAUCAACGCGAAACAAAUACGCAACCUCCAGCUUGCACCCUCCAAUGCAGCGUCUGUUCACAAGAAACUACAGAGGCUCAUACAUGUAGAGAAUGUGGAUGUGCAAUCCACGCUAUUUGCGCUGUUGUAGCAAAGCUACUGGACAAGAGAAUCAUCUGA